AUGGAGACACUCCCCGAGGACGCGAAGAUCGCAUUGCUCGACUUUUGUUCAAGGCAUGAGCUUUUCGCCAAAAGCAUCUUGCCAACGCUGGAGGCCAAACCGGCACUCGUCCCGCGCAACACUGCCGCCGCAGUCGCGAUUCUAGACAUCUACGAGCUUUCCGGAUCUACCUCACUGUCGUCUCUGGUGCGCUGGGCAGUCGACGUGUUGGCAGACCAACGCACCAGAACCGACCAGAGCCUCCGCCAUAGAUUGCAACAGGCUGCCAUUAGGCACGGCAUAGAACACCAACUGUCAAUUUAA